AAUUGUCGAUUGUCCAGCUCUGCGGCUUGGACGUGGUCGAGUACCUCGAUAAGAUACAAUUGUGAAGCGAAAUGCGACAUGCCUCAGGCGGGAUCCCCGCGAAACACGUCAUGCAUCGUGCCAAAGUGUAUGUGAUGAUUUUCCAUGCAACAGGUCCUGACAAGCUGGGCAUGGGCGGUGUGAAUCCAGCGCGGGUCAGGAAGAAAAAAUGUGACGUCUCAUCAACGAUUCUACGCAUCAAAAGCACGCCGUGUAUUAUGGAGGAUAAUUUCAAGUCGUCUUUGCCGUCUGCGAAUUCGUUUCACACCAGCGACUCCGUCCUGUACCGCGGCACGAGAUCCACUUGCUCUCUCAACUCCGCGGCGUCGUCGUCCCUGUCCGAAGGCUCGUGGACGCUUCGGGAACGCUUCCGGGGUCUGCGCCGCGGCGCCCAGUCGGCCCUGCUCAGGGCCUUCAGCACGGAGAGCAUCUACAGGCCGCAGAAGAGCGAGAUCUCGGCGGCGGUGGCGACGGAGCAGGAACGGCAGAACGGAGAAGAGCCGACGCCGCGACCGAAGUCCACAUCUCGGGUGUCUGGGCUCAAGGAGCGGAUGAGCUUUCGUCGCAAGAAGAGGCACCUCACGUCCCAGGGACCCGCUGUUCAAAUCAGUGCAGACAGUGACACCGACCCACUGUGGACGGGCGGGCAGCCGGCACAUGUGUGCGGACAGCUCCUUCAGGGAAACGCGGACGGGUCCCACGUGGUCGAGUUGAGUCGGCCUCAGGGACAGUCCUUCGGGUUCUUCCUAGCCCGGGGUCGCAUCCGAGACCACCAAGGCGUCUUCGUGUCCCGCAUGCACGACGGCCACACAGAACAGGCGCUGCGAGGACUAUUGGAAGUCAAUGACGAGAUCGUGGAAGUGAACGGCACGGAUGUUCAACACGCUGACAUCAUGACCGUCAAUUCCCUCAUGACGAAUCAAAAUACUCUGCUACUCACUGUGCUACCUUACAUCUGCCGCAAGGACAUUUGACUAUGUUUUGAGACAAAACGCCGACACUUGGCAAAGACGAAGGACAACGCGACAACACAAAGUGAGACUACGUGUUUAUUGCUUGUCCUUCGCAUUUCCCCAGUCUCGGUGUUUUGUAUUAAAAUAGUAUGUUCUACCAUCAGCAGCUAGUUUGCUUCCCAACUGCUUGUACAUUUGAUUGCUGGCGUCGAAGGGACCCGGAAAUAUUUGCAUUUUCAAACCGCUGACAACUGUAAUGUUCAUCAACGCCUGACCUGUGAUAUAUCACCCGUGUGAAGUCUCUUCACAACAAUGUGUGUGUAUACAAGGUGUUUGACUUGUUAAUUUAAACAGAUUUAUGUAUUUGUUAUGUAUUUAUUACGCUCAUGAACAUUAAAUCAGAAGAAAAUCGUCAGGGAAUGCUAACAAAUUAAA